GUUGGUGGAAAAAAAAAGCUGAAUGAUGAUGAGUGCGACACGCAGUUGACCAACCGGUCACGUUACGGUACGGAUCCACUUACCGACCGGUAACAUCACUUCAUCUCGUCUCAACAUUCAGACGAGCUAGGCUCCUCGCUAUAAAGCUGCCGUUUCCGGGCUAAAGGAGCGUAUUCGGUAAGAGAGAAUAGUCUAGAAACAGCAGGUCACUGUCCGCUCCGCCGCUGGAUCUCUGGGUCGCCGUGAACACGGUAAACGGGUCGACAUGAGGAGUUUACCGUAUUUCUGCCGGGGACAGGUGAUCCGCGGGUUCGGGCGGGGAAGCAAAGACCUGGGCAUCCCGACAGCCAACUUCCCAGAGUCGGUGGUGGACAAUCUCCCUGCGGACAUCAGCACGGGGAUCUAUUACGGAUGGGCACGCGUCAAUAACGGAGACAUUCACAAGAUGGUGAUGAGCAUCGGCUGGAACCCUUACUACAAAAACACCAAGAAGUCCAUGGAAACGCACGUGAUCCAAGCUUUUAAGGAAGAUUUCUACGGCAAGGUGUUGAGCGUGGCCCUGGUGGGCUACAUUCGCCCCGAGAGAGGAUUCAAAUCGCUCGACGAGCUGAUAGCAGCCAUUCACAGCGACAUCGAGGAGGCGGAGGCCAAGCUGGACCUGCCCGAGCACCUGAAACUGAAGGAGCAUCACUUCUUCAAGACGUCCAUGUCCACGACAGCCAGUCAGAUCUUGAACGGUCAUCGACUGUAAUGCCUAUUUAAAGCCCGUUUGUUAAAUAUGCAGUUUAUUUUUUCAUGUUUUAGUUUUCUGUCCCCCGUGCGGUGCUUUGCUCGAGUGCAGGCACGGCAUGCGUUAGUUUUCAUAUGGUAUCAUCACGUAGACCCGUUGUUUCUAUAUUUAUUAAAAGGAGAGGUGGAUUCGGGUCCUUCCCGGAGUUCAACGACUGCUACGGAUAUACGAUGAGAAAGUAAGAGAGCGUCGAAAUCUCUUCUUUCUGGUAAAAUUCACCUUUAGAUGUUGAGUUCUUGCUCCACCUUCACUUCGAUUUCGUUUUUGUUUGAUGGAGACUCUCUUUACAUGAAUUAAACCGUUGGUAAAAUUGGCCUUCCUCCUCUUUUGAGAUAAAGUGAGUGCUUUUUAUGGUUCUCAGAGAACCGUGCCCAGAAGUUAAGGCCAAGGUUGAGAUAAAGAGAGCAAAAGCUCAGGUUGUUUAUAGUAUGAGUGCAAAACUGUGUCGAUGGAGAAAGAAGCAGUGACUGAAGACAUCAUUUAAACGUGUACAGAAGCUAUAUAUUACUGAACCCUUUCUUCUGAUCUGAUACGUUUAGUAGUGCUUUUACAUAUGAAAAGGAGCUCGGUUAGAUCGAGUGGGUUUACAAAUGAUCUGCUUUACCUUAUUUCUUCAUGUCGGGUUCUUGUCCAGCUGACGCUUGAAAACCGUGCCGCCGGUUUAGCGUUGAACGGCGCGGUCACGUUAUUAGCCAUAAAGCUCAUUCGUUUUCAGCGUAGGGCUGCAUGUUUACACAGAAACCGGGCUCACACCGAAUCUUAGCCGUUUUCUGUUGGUCAAAGCAGCGAAUCUGUGCGCGCGAAAUGGUUGGACUAUGGUCGCGCGAAAUUUACGAUCACGUGGAGUGGACGGAAAAAAACGUGACCGCACCGGAACCAAUGUGAAAAGGUGACUCUUUAAAACCCGUUUCUCAACGCUGUAAUCUUCACAAUCUAUGUUCAUCAGAAUGGGCCUUUAAUUGAAACGCUGCUUUUGUAUAUGUUUGGUAAGAUGUGCAUAUGCUUUUUAUUUCUUUUCUUCUUUUUUAUUUUGUAGGUCAGGGCAGUGCCUUACAUCAGACAUAAACAGUACACAACCUAGCAUUCCUUCAUUGUUCACACCUGCUUGUAAUCAUUAAACGAAAACGCCUUGUGUUUUACCGUUGUCUACUUUUUUGUGUGUGUGAAAACUCUGCUUUCAAAUAAUUGAGAAUUGGAAAUAAAUUAUAUUAAUCCCCA